GUUGGCGGGCGGAGGAUGCGGGCGGCGUGGCCCGGCCUGAGCCUCCUGGUGCUGGCGGCGGAGCGCGGCGCGCAGAUCUGCACCGUUGUCCAUUUUCUUCUCUCCAGCCAGUACCUCUGGUGUGGGCUAACCAUUGCCUUGUCUCUGCCUGGCUAUCUCGUCCAGCUCCUCAGCUUUGUCUGGUUCCAGGCAGAUGGGCACAGAUGUUGCUGCGCUCUGGUGAUGCUGCAUGCCCUGCAGCUGGGGAUUUGGAAACGGUACUGGGACGUCCUGCGGACAGCUGGCAAGGCAGGGAGGAGCUCUGCAGCCGGAGAUCACCUCUUGCAGCAGGGGGACACAGCAGUGCUGCGGAUCCUGGAGGCUUUGGUGCAGAGCCUGCCGCACCUGGUGCUGCAGACGUAUGUCUGUGCUGCUGUGGAACCUGCAGGCCUCGUCCCAGGCAUCAGUGCUGGACUGUCCCUGCUCUCCCUGUCCUGGGCACUGGUCUCUUAUAGUCGCUUUGCAUGCCUGAUGAAACCCGGACAUCUCUACAUGCCAGCGGCUGCCCUCCUGUGCCAGCUUUUGUGGAGGAUGGGGAUGCUGGGGACCCGGGUCAUGGCUCUGGCUCUGUUUGCAAGAGUUUGUCCUAUCUGGGUUUUUGCCGUUGCAGGUGCUCACUGGCUAGUGAUGUCUUUCUGGGUGGUGGCUCAGCAGACAGACAUCAUCACAAGUCCCAGUCGCUGGAGACUGUUUAACUGCCUGGUAGGAGCCACGUAUAUCUUCUGCUACAUUAACUUCCGGGACGGCCCCUCCAGGUACAGGGUGGCUGUGUUUUAUGCGAUCAUGCUGGUUGAAAACAUCCUCCUCUUGUUGGUGGCUACAGACCUGCAGGGCGCACUGUGGAGUAGCCUGUGCCAGGCUGGGGUUGUCCUGUCGGGAUUCGUUAUCGGCUGUGCGGCACUGGUCAUUUACUAUGGCCUACUCCACCCCAAGUCGACAGAGAUCUGGCAGAGAGCCCUGAAGACAUCCUGCGGCAUCACGGCUGCUCGAGGGAAUGGGCCAGAAGGAUCCUCUUUGCCAUCCAGAAGCCAAGCGGGAGGGCGCUUUGCAUUUCCAGGCCUGGAAGAUGUGGACUCCUCAACAGUGGUACCUGCCUGGUCUGUACCCAGCAUGCAGGGUGACUCCUCGCUGGGAGAGCCCAGUGGCCAGACUGCCCUGAAGAACAACUGGGCCAACCACCACCACUGGCUGCUGGUGAAGCUGGCUUUGAAGACCGGAGACGUGUCCAAGAUCAAUGCUGCUUUCGGGGACGGGGGCAUUGGGGAGGUUUAUCCUGUAGGUGGGGUGGUGAGUCAGUACCCCGACGCCAAGGCUGGGAGAUGGCCUGUUACUCCUAAACACCGAGCGGGGAAAGAAAAGCAGCCAGUAGCUGAGAAUGGAGCUGGGGAAGGCCUGAGCAGGAAAGAGGAGACUUCUUAUGUGACUUUGGCCAGCAGAAAGUCUGGUAGUUUGACCUCCGUAAGAACAGUGCAAGAGGCAGCAGCAUCCGGCCUCAUGGCAUCCAGGGGGAAACAUGAUGUUCAGAGCAGCCAAGAGAGAGACAACUCCAAUCCACGCCUUGGAGAGAGCAGUGCUAGAGGGGACCCAGACUUGUUGUCCCCCAGCCACCUCCCAGCAGGAGCAGCCCAGGCACACGAGGGCUCCACCGUGUACUUCAGUGCUGACACAGGCAGCAUUGCGCCCGCUAGCACAGGAAGACAUGCAUGCAGCGACUCUGCCAAGGGCCUCACAGAGCUGGAAGCGGGUGGCAAGGCUGUACUGGCUAACCUGGCAGGUGAAGGAGAGGACUUCCCAGUCCUCGUGGCUAACAUCAGCCCCAUACUAGCCACGGGCUCACAUAGCCAUCUGCAGAGCCCUUCCUCCCCAUGCUUUGCCAGUCCCUGCAGUGCCUCCCAUCCCCCCGAGGAAACUUCAGAGCAUGAAGGAGCCCUGGGGGCACCGUGUCCCCACUGGGACACCCUGUCUGUUGGGAUAUGGGUGGCGAUGGCGAAAAGGAAGCUGAGGCCAGCUGAGGAGCCAUGCUUCACAUCCACCCCCAAGUCUCACCCCGCAGGGGAGGACUGCAGGUGGAGGGAGACGGUGGAGGGGAUGAAGCUCGCUGCAGCGCUGGAGUGAGGCUGUGCAAUGCCUACCUGGUGCUGUCUCUUUGGUGUCCAGCUGAAUAUUAAUAACCUACCCUUAUACCACCCUCAGGCUUGCACGGUUUUUGUCUCGGGGCUCUGGCCCUUCCUGCAGUGGACCUGUCAUUAGAUUUCCCCUCCUUCCUUUCUGCCAUGCCAGAUAACUUUGCUGCUGGGCUAUCUCCUGACACUCAGGCUCCAACCUUGGUAUGCGUUUCUCUCUUCGACAGACAGGCAUUGGGCAUCACAGCAAAAUUAGACUGCGGCAGAGCCUCUUAUCAGCCACGCUCCACAACUCUUGCCUCAUGGAGAUGGCCUGCCAGUCGAGGACUG